AUAAAUUUGAAAUGUUUAUUGUUAAAUUAUAAUAUUCUUAUAAUAUCUAGAGUUAUUAGAUAAUUAAUAUACUGAAACUGAAGUUCAUAUUGUUUUUUGUAUUGAAAAAUAAAAACACCAUUAUAUUAUUCUUAUGUUUUUGAGUAAAUUUGUUUCAAUCAUUUAUGUUUUGUAUAACUAAAUAGUAUUUUAGUUAAUUGUGCGCAUUUAUUAUGAGUUCGAAAAUUGAAUGUGUUCUUAAACAAGCUCUUACCACUUUUUCUGGUUCUUAUACAUCAAAAGCUUUUCAUGAUAAUUUGAUUAAACUGAAACGAAAUGCCAAUGAAUUGGAUGCCUAUUCUGUAGGUUUAGAUUUUAGGUUAUUACGAUGGGAUGCAUAUGAAUUGAAUAACAGUCUCGAUAAGUUAUCCGGAUCUACAUUUAUACAUCAUCAAGCACCGGUUACUUAUAUUGGAGUGUUUGAAGAUCAACAUGUAUCAAUUGGUGUGUUUGUGCUUAGGAACGGUGCUAAAAUACCUUUACAUGAUCAUCCAUACAUGUAUGGUGUAUUAAAAGUCAUUUAUGGUAAAGUCAAAUUACAAAGCUAUACACCUAAACAAAAUGAUUAUAGUAAACUAAAGUAAAUGUGAUGAUUUGACUAAUUGAAAAAAAAAACAAUAAAUACAUUAUAAUUUUUAUGUUUUCAGUGACAAUAACAUUAGUGCAAUAAAAUUGGCACCAAUAAUUGUUGGAGAAACAGAUGAUCCAUGUGUUUUGUGUCCAAUAGAAGGAAAUAUUCAUCAAGUGGAUACUAUAGACGGUCCAGCAGCAUUUGUUGACAUAUUAGCUCCACCCUAUAAAACUGAUAUUCCAAAAGUUGGAAAAAGAAUUUGUAGGUACUUUAAAGAAGUAAAUAUAUCCAAAGAUACAAAAUUAACAAUUACAUCACAUCCUAUUGAUUACUGGAGUGAUACUUCUCCAUAUACUGGGCCACCAUUUACUAUAUGCUUUGAAUCUAAAACAUAGGUACUUACAUUGCACAUUUUUAAAUUAAAACAAUAUAUUAUUCUUUGACUACUACUACUACUAGUCAUUAAUCAUCAAUAUCUAAAUACUUAUAACAAUUUGACUUAUAAAUAUAAUAUUUAGUUUUAAAAAAUGGGUUUUUUUGUUAUUGUUUUUCCAGUAUUAGGUGAUAACUGGUUUUAGGAAUUAGGACUAUUUUGUUUUAUUUAUGCUGGCUAAAGUUUAAAAUGAAAUAUAGUUUUACUUAUAAAGCAUAAGAUACUUAAUUAUUUAGGUUAUUGAAUUUUGUGAAUUAUUAAUUAAUUUGUUUUAUUCGUAUAUA